AUGUCUCGUGUUGAACUCGAUAACGACGCAGAGCAAUUCCGUGUGGUCAUACCGCUUGCCAAGAAGUUACCUCCAAACCCACAUAUCGGACCCGGGCAUGAGGCCUGGGUUCGAGCACUCGCACCACCGUCUGAAACAGCACAAACGGACAGCGAAUGGUCUCCAGAAUCUAGAGUUGACAAGUCUCUUCGACACCGCCUUCUUGCCUGCGAUCAACGGUCUUUCUUGACGGGCUCUGCAGUUGCCGAUCUGCAGGCUGCCCACAUAAUCAACGCCGUUCGUCACAACGCGACGCGAAAGAGGGAGGUGGAGGAUUAUCUUUCCCAGCAGCGUCUCCACCCUCCCUCCAUAAACCGAUUCCUUUUGGAUAGCUCCGCCAAUGCAAUUCUCUUGGAGGCCAAUCUUCAUACUCAAUGGGAUCUUUAUGGAACUUAUUGCUUUGUUCCGGCUGAAAGUGAUGCAAUCGCCAUGCUCGAUGCUUUACGGAAGUCCAACGAAAAGUGGGCGGAACAUAUCUUUCCGGCCGAAGGUGUCAUACGGCCUCUAGACGUAUCGAAGGCACCUUUUUGCAGACCGCAGUGGGACUUAAUCAUCCUUCAUCCUCAUGCGCUGCUCCCGGAUGGUCUGGCGCUAGGGAUCGCGAAGAAUCGGCGCUUUUUCGUCAAGGGGCAGUAUUUUCCGCCGGCAUCCGAGGUAACUUGGACAUGGUGGACUGCAUCUGGUGACCGUCUUUGUUCGAACUCGCCGCCGAACGAACCUCUCGCUCCCUUCUUUGCCAUGGAUGUGCGUGCCGACUUAGAGAUGCCAGCUUUAUCUUCUCUCGCCAUGGUUAUCAAUGCGCAUUGCAAGUUGCAGCAAUUCAUACGGGAUAAUAGCACAUCUGCUACUACUCGGGUGCAGAGGUUCGCGCGACUAAUAUCUGAGUUGGUUACCGAGAUAUUCUUCGUGCCUGAUGGAUACAGUGAUGUGGCUGCGCGUGCACAUUCUUUUCAGGUAGUCCAGCAUGUCCAGAGUAUGACUGGUACCUUUCCCUCUCAAGCAAUACAACCGGCAGGACAGUCUUUUGGGGAGGGAUACAAAUUUGAGGUGUACCCUGCUUAUGGAGCAAUGGGGGAAGCUCCAGCACCAUCCGGAGAAGAUAGGUCUCCCGGCGCAGUGGAGUGUCCUGAGACCCCCGACGAAGAUGGUCUUACUAAUUCAGAGUUCCGAUUGGUUUCUGAAAAAGCUCGCGAUCCCCGCCUCGACGGCAAGCAGCGUGCUGAUGCGGCGAUGAUGAUGUUAUUCGGAACUCAUCGGUAUGCGGAUCCCUACGUGCAUGGAGCUCAAGCUAUACAUGAUUGA